GCAAAGAAUAACAAGGAUUAUUACAAUGCAAAAUAUCGGACUCCGCACACCUGGUGUGUUAAGCGUUGUAUUCGGCGCUCAAGGCGCCUUUCUCCUAGCCAAUGCCGUCUACACCUUGGCAUAUCCUUCCGCCGCAUCGAAUCUCCCGGACUCUCCUUUGGCUGGGGUUCCAAGUCAUACAGUUCAAUGCCUGGGUCUGACGUCUCUUUCUACGGGGACGAUUUACGCCAUUGCGAGCUACCAGCGCAAUAUUCCGAUUAUGGUUGCUUCGCUACCUGGUCGCUUUUUUGCCGGAGCCACGCUAGUCGAGCCCUUCCCGUCUCACGGCCGAUUCAACCUGGCCACACGGCUUGAGGAGAAGGGAGACCACGCGCCACGAAGCUUGGUCACAAUGGGCUGA